UGAUGGGAAAAACAGCAAUUUUUGGCGAACAAAAAACAGAUGAAAACAAAAGAGCUGAGGAGUGAGGACCAUACACAGAAAGACAGAGGCAACCACCAACAUGGCUUCUCUCUCUACCUCUCUCCACUCAUAAUUUUUUAGGAAUUUGGUAGAGGGAUCUGCUUCUGAUGUAUUUGGAGGUUUGGAGGUGAAGGGUAUUUAAAUUUUCAGAUGAUUAGGAAGAUGGAGGAAAUUUUAUGAUUCAAGGCUGGAAGGCUGAAUUGUCAUCGGAAUUUGGAUAUCUUCCCUUCGGGUUUUUACCUCUUCUGUAAAUCUUUGUUAUUUGUAAUUUCGGGUGUAUAAAUUGGUUGCUUUUUUUGUUUGUGGAGAAGGGUUUUGAUACCUGAACUGGUAUAUUUAUCGGUUUGCCUGCGUGGAUUUUCCCCUUUUCCGGUAGGAAUUUUGUUGAUAGUCUAUAAAGAAGGAAAUUAAGAAGUUGAGAUUUGGGAUUUCAUUUGCAGAAGUUGUCAAGGUUAUCUUGAUACUGAUUGAGUAAAUAGGUAUUUAUGGUCUGAGGUUUUGUGUGGAAGUACAGGAAUGGGUGAAAGUUGGAAAAACUGAGUUUUCUCAAGUUCUUUUUGCUACCUUCCAGUCGUGUUACGAGCUUGAGACCAAUGGAGACAAAGAAGGUGCCUGUAUUCGAAAGAGAAGGUGGGGCUGGAAGUGAAAUUGAAUGCAAAGGGUUAGACAUCGAGAAUCAGAUCAAUAUGGAUGAGCCUCAAUGUUCUGAGAUUGAAAUGAUGGAAAUGGAAACUGCUGAGACUGAGAUAUCGAGAAUGUGCAAUGAUGGGAAACAUGAAUCUGAGGUUGUUGCCUUUAGUUCAGAGAAGUGCGAGGGAGGAAGCCAUGGGAAUGUGGUUUUCUCAAGAGAAGCUCCUCUUGUUGUUAAGGAAGAUGUCAGCAUUAGCUCUUGUAGCUGUGGGGCUGAGAAACUGAAAUCCAGAUUGGCUGCUUCGGAUUCUCUCCCUGGAAAAAGCGGGAGGAAGCUCAGUCGACAAGAUAGAAUUGAAUUAGGUCGGUUGUUUCAGGGUGCUGUGAGUUCCCAUGAUUGGGAGCUUGCCGAGAGUCUGAUCUUGUUGGCUGAUCCGCAGACUCUAAAUGAUGCACUGUGCAUUGCUUUGGAUUCAAUCUGGUUUUUGAGCACACAACAAGAAUUAUAUGGAAUUACUGGAUUAAUUAAGAAGAUUAUAUCUAAUGGGGCGUAUGACUUUACUAGAGCAGCACUCAGGACUUCGUUUCUUGCUUCAUGUGUUUCUGCUUGCCAAAGUCGCACAAUGAGCCUUGCUGACACUGUUUCUGUAAUGGCGCAAAGGCUACAUGAAAGGCUUCAAGAGUGCAAUGGGGAUGAAGUCUUGAAGGCUGAAGCUGGCGCUAAAGUUCAGAAAUUUACUGAGUGGGCUCUUAAAUGUAUAAGUUUCCAUUCUCGCUGCCAGGGAAACAGGGACAGAGUAGGCCAUAAUUCUUCUGUUGAGAUCCAACUACAGUUAUCUGCUUUCAAGACCUUCCUAGAUCUUGCAGGCAACCAUCUUACUGGGAAGGAUUUUACUGAAGCAUUUGAUGCAGCUUGCUUCCCACUUACUCUCUUCUCUAGCUCAUUUGAUCCUGGCUGGGCAUCAGGUAUAUCAGCUACUGCAAUCCAAGGAUUACUGGGCAUGCUAGUUGAGGGGGGAGCAGACAAUGUUAACCAGUGUUUUUUGGAGGCUUCGCGUUUUGGGAGUACCGAACUCGUUCGCAUUUUAUUGCAGAUUGCUCAAAGGAACAGCUUGGAUGUGGAUGUUGAUCUGGCCUUGGGCUUUGCUUCACACUAUGGUAAAAUUGGUACUAUGGAAUGUUUAGUCGAAGAGGGUAAUGCUAUGGCUUUCUUGGGUCCUCUAAUGAGAGCUGCCGAGAGGGGCUGCAUGCCGGUUGUUCAAUGGUUCGUUCAAAGGGGUUGCCGAGAUAUGGAGCUAUGUCUUGCCCUUACAGCUGCCACUUCAAGCAGCCAAGUAGGUGUCGCAUCAUAUCUCCUCCCUCACGUUCCUCAGCACGUUCUUGCUGCCCUCAGUAUCGAAAUACUCAAGGCCGCUGGUGAGCGAAGUGGUGGCUCUCUCGACGGGGUAGCAUUCCUCCUCCACUCGGACUUUCUAGGGGACCCCGUCGCAACUUACGCUGUCGCUGACAGCAUCGCCAGAUCAGAGGACGAGGCAAUCGCCCCUGAGUUACGGGCUUUUCUCAAAGAACACUGGUCCGAUGCCGCGUUCUUGGACGGACUAAGGGAAGGAGAGGUACAUUUCUCAAACCUAGUCCAGAUUCUGAGAUGGGGCGAGUCGCCGGUGUGUUUGAGGGAUCUGCCAGCCCCGCUGAGGGUGGCGAUAGCCUACCUGCCUCUGUAUAGGGAGUGUGUGAAGGCGGGAGGGCGGUUGUUGUCGCAAAGGCAUCGGGGGCAGCUCGUAGAGGCCGCUAGGCGGCUCGAGGGGGUGGUGCUGGAUGAGCCUGGCCAAAGGAGAGAAUUACUGGCAGUCAUGGAGCAUCAUCUGCCUCCAUUUUUCAUCACUGCUUCAGGUUCAGGCGUGGUCUAGUUACUAAGAGAAAAUCAGUGGGAUCUUCCUAUCUCUGCUCCACCUCUGCUCUUGUGGUAUAGAAAAAUAAUGAAAUAUUUAGACAUGCUUACGAUGUUAGGUAGUUAUUGUCCUAGUUUUUUGCUCUUUAGAGGCACUUGUAAACCUUGUGUAAGAGAGAGUGUAUGAAAUGGCUGGAAAAUCUGAUGAACAUGUUCAUUAUAUGCUGAUUUGUGCCCAAUUUAAUUAACCUAAUUUGGGUGCACUAUGGGUUACAUAAAUUUCAAGUAAUCAACUAACUGGAUGAUCAUCCUUAUUUUUGCA